AUGAAUUUAAAUCCAAUCGAAUGGGGAUUUGAUGGAUUAUUGAAUGGAGUAAAAUCACCGACUUUGUCUAAUCUACCACAAAUACAAAAAAUCAUUGAAUUGUCUACUAAAUGCGUUGAUGUAGCUCAGUGUUGUACAGGUGGAGAUGUUUGCAUUACCGGAAAAGUCGAUGAAGACUAUAUUCCUAAACCAUCGGAAUUAAAUCCCAUUGAAAAUAAUUUUAUUAAAGUAGUUUCUGGAGAAAAUCAUUUCUUUGCUUUAACUCGAAAUGGUGAAGGAUUGACGGUCACAGAAAUUGCAUGUGGUGGCUGGCAUUCGGCGUUAUCACCGGAUUUAUACACAUUCGGAUGGAAUAAUCAUGGUCGAUUGGGU